AAAGAAAACUAGAGCAACAACAACAAAACACACACACACACACAACAAAGAUAGAAAAAAAAAAUGGGAAGUUAUUUAGAAGAGGGAUUGUUAGUGAAAGAGAAAUUAUUUGAGGAAAAUAAUAUUGAAGUUGUGUUAAGAGAUGAAGAAGUGAAAUGGGAUGUUAUAUGGAUGGAAAUAAAGAGGAUUGGUUAUUUGGCUGGUCCAAUGGCAUCAGUAACACUAUCACAAUAUUUGUUACAAGUUAUAUCUAUGAUGAUGGUUGGUCAUUUGGGUCAACUUUACCUAUCUAGCACUGCUAUUGCUGUCUCUCUUGCUACUGUCACUGGCUUAACUCUUCUUUUAGGAAUGGCAAGUGCACUAGAAACACUAUGUGGACAAGCAUAUGGAGCAAAGCAAUACAAGAAAAUUGGAACACAAACAUACACAGCUAUCUUCUCUCUAUUUAUAGUUUGCAUUCCCCUCUCCAUGUUAUGGAUAUACAUAGGACGAUUACUCGUAUUCAUCGGACAAGAUCCUCAUAUCUCACAUGAAGCUGGAAGAUUCAUAAUGUGUUUAAUCCCAACGCUCUUUGGCUCUGCAGCUCUUCAGCCCCUCGUUCGAUAUUACCUAAUGCAAAGUAUGAUCCUUCCUUUAAUCAUAAGUUCAUGCGUGACGAUAGCUAUUCAUGUACCACUAUGUUGGUUGCUAGUUUAUCACACUAGCUUCAAGAAUAUUGGGGCUGCAUUCGCGAUGGACAUAUCCAUUUGGUUAAAUGUCACAAUUCUCGCGUCAUACAUGAGGUUUUCCUCUGCUUGUGAGAAAACUCGCGUGCCUAUUUCAUUAGAGAUUCUCUAUGGAACGAAAGAGUUCUUUCGUUUUGCUAUCCCUUCAGCUGUCAUGAUAUGUCUUGAAGGAUGGUCAUUCGAGUUCAUUGUGUUGUUAUCGGGGCUAUUGCCAAAUCCUGAGCUUGAAACUUCAGUGUUGUCUGUAUGCCUCAACACUAUUGCUACACUUUAUUCAAUUCCAUAUGGUCUAUCUAGUGCUGUAAGCACGAGAGUUUCAAACGAGCUAGGAGCUGGAAAUCCACAGAGAGCGCGUAUUUCUGUUUUCACAGUGAUGCUCCUUACAGUAAUGGAGGCUAUACUAAUAAGCGCGACUCUAUUUGGUUGUCGAAACAUUUUUGGUUUCAUUUACAGUAGUGAGAUGGAAGUUGUGAACUAUGUUGCAAAGAUUGCUCCUCUUCUUUCAUUAUCUGUCAUAAUGGAUGCCUUACAAGCUUCUCUUUCAGGUGUUGCUAGAGGGUGUGGUUGGCAACAUAUUGGAGCCUAUGUAAAUCUUGCUUCAUUUUACCUAUUUGGAAUUCCUAUAGCUAUUUUAUUAGGUUUUUGGUUAGAACUUAGGGGAAAAGGUCUAUGGAUUGGCAUAUUAUGUGGUGCAACACUUCAAACUAUUCUCCUUUCUAUUAUAACAAGCUUCACUAAUUGGAAAAAACAGGCAGAAAUGGCAAAGGAGAGGCUUCUUGAGGUAAAAUGAGUUAACAACAACAUGAUGGGGUAAAAAAGAUUAUAUUUAUAUAUAUAAAACAAAAAGAGCUCCAUUUUGCCUCAAUUUUGACAAUUUAUAUUUUGGAGAUUGUACCUAAUAUUUGUUGUGUGACCUUCUACAACUAAUAUGAUUAAUCAUAUCUUUAUAGAGUGUAGUUUAUAAUUUAUUUUAUUUGUAUAAUCACAAAAAUUGUGUCUUGAAGUGUGAAGGUCUACAAGUAAUACAUUUUUUUAAUGUAGAUUUUGUAUUUAGAUGUUGUGUAAUCACCAAAUUUCAUUAUUGAAGAGUG